UCUCUCUCUCUCUCUCUCUCUCUCCACCCUUAAAGAGGUGCCCCGGCCAACGGGGCUCGGACUUUCUCCUCGGGCAGAAUCAGCGCGAUGAAGAGCAGAACCGAGCCGGCACCAUGCGCUCCAGGCUCCCGCGGACCGGCUGCCUACUGCGCCUCGUUGCACUCUGCAUCGUCCUGUCGCACAGCGCAGCUUACUUCGGACUGACAGGACGGGAGCCCCUGGUCUUCCUGCCGGGCCCCUUCUCCAACGAGCCGGCGACGGGCAAGUCCCACCUGAAGCAGUGCGAGCAGAUGGUGCUGUCGAGGCGGCAGAAGAGGCUGUGCCGACGCGAGCCCGGCCUGGCCGAGACGUUGCGCGAGACCGUGCGCAUCAGCCUACUCGAGUGUCGCUACCAGUUCCGCAACGAGCGCUGGAACUGCAGCCUGGACGGCCGGGUGAGCCUCCUGAAGAGAGCCUUCAAAGAGACGGCCUUUCUCCUGGCGGUGUCGUCGGCUGCGCUGACCCACGCCCUCGCCAAGGCGUGCAGCUCGGGCCGCAUGGAGCGCUGCACCUGUGACGACUCGCCCGGCAUCCAGCACCGGGAGGCGUGGCAGUGGGGGGUGUGCGGCGACAACCUCAAGUACAGCACCAAAUUCCUCAAGAGGUUCUUGAGCCAGAAGAGGGUCAGCAAGGAUCUGAGGGCUCAGGUGGAUACCCACAAUGUCAAUGUGGGAAUUCGGGCGGUAAAGAGCGGCCUCAAGACCACCUGCAAGUGUCACGGGGUUUCCGGCUCUUGCGCCGUACGGACUUGCUGGAAGCAGCUGUCUCCGUUCCACGACACGGGCCGGCUGCUCAAGUACCGCUACGACACAGCCAUGCGGGUUCUGAGCGUCACCAACGUGGCCACCGGUGAGAGCGAGCUCGCGGGGCCGCGUCGCCACAGCCAGAGCCUGCGUACCACCGACCUGGUCUACCUGGAGGAGUCGCCCAGUUUUUGUCGGCCCUCACGCUAUUCAGCGGGCACAGCCGGACGAUCGUGCGCCAAGGACACUAGUUGCCAGAACCUUUGCUGCGGGCGCGGCUACAAUACGGCCAUGCGCCUCACCAGCCUUUCCUGCCACUGCCAGGUGCGCUGGUGCUGCCAUGUGGAGUGCCAGACGUGUGUCCGCGAGGAGGAGGUCUACACUUGCAAGAGCACAUAGGCCUUGGGACCCUGAGGAACACUGAGUUCCCCUGGAAAUGUGGCAGAAACUGAUCAGGCCAGCCACAUAAAUGUAUUCUGCUGAGGCGCACUUUGGAACAUGUCCUUUUAGAUCUAUGCUUUGUGCAAGCUAGAGUAAUAGUGUUUGCCAAUCAAUACCCUAGCAUUUCCCAUAUUUAAUUGAUCAUUCCAAACAAUUGUUAUCAUCCCAUUUCUAUGGCUAGAUUACAUUACGCUACCUAGCUACAGCCAUUGAGAGUCCAGCAAAUUGGGUAAAAAUGUACAACUCAAGACUUGCUUCCACCAAGUGGUACAGUUCGAUUCAGUUUGUCUCGCUACAAUUUCCAUCCAUCCAUUUUCUUUACCGCUUAUCCUCACUAUUGUAGCGGGCUGCUGGGGCAUACCCCAGCUAUCUUAUCUUAGGGCGGGAGGCGGGGUACACCCUGAGCCGGUCGCCAGCCAAUCGCAGGGCACAUAGAAAACAAACAAUCAUUCGCACAAUUUAAAAACAGAAAAUCCCUUAUUGGGGAGUGUUGUACAGAUGACACGAGCUGUGUGAGCUACGUGAAUAGCUUGAGAACACAGGCCAAGCCCGCCACGCUGUAAACAACGAUGGAGGACAACCAGAAUUUGGUGUCAUUUUUUCUUGACACAUGGAUCAGUUGGGGUUGUUUUAGUAUCCUAAGAACUUUUACCGUACUGGAAGAGGUUGGUAGUAUGUGGAAAGUAUAGCAUUACAUAAAAAAGCAAGACCACUAUGACCUUUUUUGUUGCUUUCCAAAGAGCUAAUUGUACUGUUGUCAUUAGUCUAUUGUAAAAAUUAUUUGCACCACUUCAAUCACGUUGCUAUCUGCCGGUGUGGGUUCGCUAAACAAAUACAGUCUGUGAAAAGAUUUUUUUUUUACUUUUCUGUGACGGUUUUUCCUAUAUUAUUUUUGUCUCAAGAUGGUACAUCAGACAGGAUAGUAAAAUUUCUAUUAAGCUGUGCUUCCACCAAGUUGAAUUCAGUUAGUCACACUACGAUUUGGAACAGAAAAUCCUAUUUGGUGUGUGUAGGUGAGAUGGCCUUCCACAAAGAAAAGAUUUGUUCUCUCUUAGUGGCAUGAAUUAUUUAAAAGUACUGUAGCUACCGUAAAAUUAUAGCAUAAAUUAAAAAAGCAAGACUACUACUUCAUUUUUCAUUGCUUUGUAAAGAGCAUAUUUACUUUUCCACUUCCAACUUGACACAAGUCUUGUGUGUCAUACUGUCCUCAUUGGUCCGUUGUACAUCCAGAUCAUAAACCACACAGGAGCGUUCAUUGUACGUCAAAUAAAAACAUUUGGUUAGCCUUACGUAAAUAAUUUCAGCUUAAUUUGCUGUGUUCCAUUGCCGUUUCCUGCCUUCAUCCACACCACUAGGGGGUAGCGCAAUUCAUCCAACUGGUUUGUGACAACAAGAACUAGCGCCGAGAUAAAACAUGAUAUCACGCAGCCUUUCUGUUAAUCUCCCUUGAUUUCGAGAACGCUGCACAUUUUUCUGUUGUGCUGGUUGCUCUGAAAAUUCCCGAGCAUUUCAAACAGGUACUGGACACUAUUUAUUGUAUUUGAUCUACUACUGCUGCUUUUUGUACUUUACGCUUUGAUUGAACCUACCUGUCUGUCUUUCUUGUCUGCUGUAUUUUAUUUUAUUUUUUAUUUUUUUUAUGCCAAUUAAGGGUUAAAGCACUACUGCUGCUCUGGGUAUGUGCAGUAUAUUCAAAACAAAACAAUUGAUGGUAGGGAGUUUUUUUCUUUUAAAGGAACACUGGAGGACAUUGCGUGCAUGUACAGGAUGAUUAUUGAACCCCCCCCCCCCCCCAAAAAAAAAAAAAAACACGCUGGCUCUUCAGUUGCUCUUAUGGAAAUGUUUAUGGAAAUCUCUGUGUGGAAUGAAUGUGUGCUGGAGCCUACAAAAAGAACUAAAAGGGGGUUAACAUUGUGGGGAACAACAACAAUGCUUUAAAGUUUAACAUUGCCCUAGAGAAUAAUUUGUUAUUGUUUAAAGUGUAAUUUGACCACAUCUUUACUGUAAAUGCUUUCAAAGUGGCUCCGUAAUUGGCCUCCCUAUUUUCUCUCCCAGGUGCAAAUCAGAGAAAAUGGCCACGUGGCGCCCCCUCAUCCUGAAAAGCAAAGUGUCCAUGUGUGCAGGUCAAAUGGGCCCAGAAGUCUGUGGGAGUUUGUAAUUAAAGAUCAUUUGAAUAUAACUCACAUCAGGGCUCAUAUAGUUUUCUACCUCACCUUUUUUCCUCUUUUUGCCUAAUAACAUGGCCGUGGAUGAGCGGCGUUACACUCUGAUGGAGAAAAAUGUCUUUUGAAAUGCUUGUAAAGUUUCCUUUGAACCUGGUCAUGUAUCUUCAAGUAAAAAGUUUCUUAUUUAAAGCAUAUAAAUAA